AUGUUUGGCGCGACGGGUCAGACGAGCCCAGCGACCGGCGGCGGCGGUGCUGGUGGUGUGACAGAGGACUCGGGGCCAGGGAUUGCUCGGGCGGCACCGCGUGCCGGCACCAAAACCGACGUUUGCGGACUCGCACAGAAAAGAUUGGAAAACAUUUCGCGUGUCUUUACUUUCGAUGACUACAUAUUCGGGGGAAACGGACAAGAAUUUUAUCUCAUGAAAACUGGUGACCCGACGAAAUGGCAGUACUUUUGGUCAUUUGACUUGGUCGGUAACGCUUCCAUCCUUUAUCAAGAGGGAGAGCUCCACCACUCAAUCAGUCCACCACUCAAUCAGGGCUUAAUCGCGGACACAUUCACCGACAUCACGGGUUCGCUGUACUUUGGUCGGGACAAGUCGUGCCCAACAUCUGCGGGAAAUGACUGUAGUUUUAUGACCAAAGCGUACCACAAGGGAAUGGUGGUCUUCCAGAACAACCCCGUGAAUGCCACGCCCGCCACCUAUGGCUACCAGACCUAUAUUCUCACCGUUCCCAUUAUUGACAAUCCCAGUUUUGUUGGAAACACUACUAAUCCGUUUGUGGUGUUCAAAGAUGACAGCCAAAUGCCGUGGGGAUUGCCCGCCGCCGCUCCCAUUACGACCACCACUAAGUUCUUCCCGAGUGGUGCCGAAUACAAGUAUUUGGGCGCCGCGUACGACCCGACCCAACAGGUGGUCUUCGUGUUGACUUAUCACGACAUUUUGAGUAAUAGUCUGAUCAAGACAUUCUUUGGUUGGGUGCCGUGGAUCGGCAAACACUUCAGUCAGACACUCAUUCACUUCUGGAAACUCGACGGCAAAGGCGACGCUCACUACCAGAUGGCGAACGCCGCCCGCGGCUAUACAGCGCUGGUAUCCAAAAGUGGCAAUUUGUUUGCUCUCGAGUUGGGAAAGUGGUAUUUGUUGGAUAUCUUUGAACAGAAGGAUCCGAUACCCGAAAAGGAAACGUUCUCAAUGAGUGAGUUUCUCAACUGCAACGCAACCACCAAACCCUCGCCUUUUAACUUAGAUAAGCCUAUUCUGCCCGUCAAACCCGUCCCCACGCCAUCGGCCGGCGCUCACGCUAGCAAUGCGAGCGGCAAUAGCAGCGAAACAGUGGCCCCUCCCAACCCAGACGUCACGUCUCCCGCACCGUCUGAAUCGUCAACCGCUGAGUCCAAAAAGGAGGAGAAAUCGUCGCCAAUGCUUAUCAUUUUAAUUAUAGGAAAGGACGACGAGAAGGACAAAGAGGCCAAACCGGGUUCACCGAAGGCCGGCUCCAAAGUGGGAUCGAAAGUCGGCUCAACGACCGGAGGAGCGAAACCGGCGUCGACUACGGGAGCGGCGAAGUCAUCGACUGGUGGAGCGGGCGGUGCGGGCGCUGGCGGUAAAGCCGGUGGCGUUAAACCCACUAAAUCCUUGGCUAUGAAGAGCACGUCAUCCGUCGCUUCCAGUCCAACAUUUGCCAUCGGUAGUGUCAGCGCUCAGACCACCGAUCAGUCGUCAGUUCCGUCAGUCGUUUCGACCAUCAGUUCGGGCUCUUCUUCUGUUAGCAGUUCGGCCUCUCUUUUGGUUAACACUUCGACCUCUCCUUCAUCUUCUUCUGGCGGCAAACCCUUUGAUUUGUGCAAUUCAUUGGACACAACAGUCGCCUCACAGAUCACCAACGCUUUCACAGUGGGAAGUAUCAUGUAUUUCGGCAAUAGUACCACGUUUUAUACGGCUCUGAUGGUGGACCCCGACUGGAAAUACUUCGCUUCUCAACCCAUUCAUAACCUCUUUCCUGAUUGUAAGAACUUUUAUUUCAUUACUUAUAAAACGACCCAAUUCUCGGACUUUAUAACCGGAGUAUAUUUCGGUUCAGCCAAAGAGUGCAACCGAUUGCAGACCGACUGCAGUGUUAUGAACAAAGCUUUUGAAAAAUUUAUUAUCUUUGGCACAAUUGGGUCGAGCGGUGGCGGCGGACAACUUGGCUACAAGACCUACGCUAUCGAUUUGGCCUUAACUACAGGCUCCGGCUCUAAGCACCUGAAGACCGUUAGCGACCCGAAGGCCAUGCCCUGGGGUUUGGCGCCCAACUCUACUCUCGACCAAACCAGCAAAUUCUGGCCCCAAAACAUUGAUUAUAGUUUUAAGUGUUUCGCGUACGAUAUGGUAGUACAGAGGCUUUACUCCAUCACAUAUAACCCAAACAGUGUGACCCAAACAUUUCAAUUGCAUUAUCGGCUGAUCGACGGCCAGUUUGAGGGCAACUAUACGGCGGUCCACACGUCACUCAACUUCACGUCUCUGUUGUACAAAAAGGGUAAUCUGUUUGGUCUUUCGCACGGAAAUUGGUUUCUAAUUGAUCCCAACUAUUCGGACCCCAAAAAGGGUCGACACACACGACAACCACAUAUGUACGAUAUGAAAACGUUUCUCAAUUGCAACAAAUCGUCACCACUUUUGUCGACAUACGAUCUCUUGAACACUCCUCCGCCGACCACCACUUUGGCCACCACUACUCCUAUUGGCACCGCUAGCAACACAUCAGUGGUGAACGGCGGCCCAAAUGCCGGCACACCGGUAGGCAAUACCGGAAGUGGCGGAACCGCUGGAACUGGUGCUACGGUGGCGGCUGACGGCGUCAAGUCAAAAGUGGGUCCGAAUGAAGAGUCGACAAAUGCGGGUAAACCCGUGUCCAAAGUGACGUCUGAAGCGUCAAAUGCAAAGUCCAAAUCUGCGGCCAAACCGGCGACCAAAUCAGUUGCCGGCGCCAAACACACGCCUCCAGUCAAUCGACGACAGUCUAGCACUUUAACCGUCCGAUCGAUGUUAUCUUUGUAUCCAUCGAUUGUAUUGAUUGGUUUGGUUGCCAUCAAUGGUGUGAUUCUUCAAUCAAGCCCUUCUUCACCUGCACCGUCGUCUGCGGGUUCUUCAGCAGCACCUUCUGGUGUGAGUACCACUCCCUCGGGUGUCAGCGCCUCUGCGGGACAAUCGACUGUUAGUAAUUCAGUAGCGCCGUCGGGGGUCAGUGCAACUACUGGUGCAUCGGCUGUCAGUCCUUCAUCUCAAUCGUCGGCUGUCAGUACAGGCGCUGGCGGUAACUCUUCGCAGCCUUCGUCUGGCAGUGCAUCCACUGGUCAAUCAGGUGGUAGUCCCGCAUCUCAGACAACGGGAGUUAGUCCUACGGGAGGGUCCGCUGCGGGUUCAUCGGUCACACCCGCGGCAACGGUGGCCAACACUACGUCUACAGGCGGCUCAAAACCACGUGAUUUAUGUAAUAUCGGUCACGAUCUGGUCUUAAAGUACGGAAAGAGAGCUUUCAUUAUCGGAGAUGUUUUGUAUGUCGGCGACGGCACUCGUUUCUAUAGGGCUAUCAUUACUGCCAAUCAAUGGGUGUAUUUCGACGCCGAACACAUUCACAAUAUAUUCGCCGAUUCCAAUCACUUCACGGAGAUUAUAGGUGCCGUGGAUUUCGGUUCGCAACAACAGUGCACUGAAGCGCAGGCCAACUGUGCGGUUAUGACCAACGCUUUGGACAAGACUUUGGUGAUCGGCAACACUAGUGCCCAUGUCUUGGAGUACAAGACCUAUAUUACCAAAGACAAUGGUGUCGGCGGUAAGGAACUACUGCCCAUACAACCCGUUUUAGAUGUAAAAGAUAUGCCGUGGGGUUUACCUCCUGGUGGACCGUUGACGGGCCAAUUCUGGCCACAGAAUCCCGGAUUGAUUUACAAGAAUUUACAAUUAAUGAUCAUUAAAACCAUUACCAACAGCUCAAAAGUGUAUAUCCGACAAAUCGAUGGCCAGUUAGCGGGCACUUACACGACAUUGAUAUCGGGCCCGAGUUUCCUCGCAAUGGUCUACCGAAACGGACACAUGUUUGGCAUCAAUACGGGAGUCGGCGAUACCUUUUAUUCGCUUGAUUUUAGCGACCCAUUAAAAAAUGGUCAAAUUGUCGAAAAGAAAACGGGUUCGGUCACUGAGUUUAUCAAUUGCCAAAAUACAUCUCCACUGUUGGCUCCGCUCUUAUUGCCCACCACUACCACUGCCGCCAGUAGUGGUGCGCAAACGCCCGCAUUGGCUACUAAUGACACCACUCCCUCAUCAAUUAUUAUUGGCGGUCAAAGUACAAGCGGUGACAGCGGAACAGUUGGAUCCGCUGCUACGAGUAGUGGCACAACGUCUUCGCCGACCAAAAAGUCCAGCCUCGGAUCCAAGAAAACACCCCCGAAAUCGGCCGACAAGAAGGUUGACCCGCCGACCGCCGGGUCAGCAAAGACUGGACCGAAAUCAAAGGUCGAGCCCUCGGGUGGGGCUAAAGGAAAGGGCGAUAAGAAAAGCGACGAAACCGUGCGAUCGCCCACAGUCGAGCCCUUCUUCAUCUGCACCGUCGGCUAUAAAUGUCUCGACAACACAGUCUGGUGUCAGUCCUACACAACAGCCGUCGGUUAUGAGUACCUCAACGGGAAAGCCGAUGACAACACUUUACCCAUUCAGUGGACCAAUCACUUCACGAAAAUUAUAAAUGUUAUAGAUUUCGGUUCACACAAUCUGUGCACUCAAUCGCAGGCCAACUGUGUGAUUAUGACCAACGCUUUUGACAAAACAUUAGUGAUCGGCGACACUAGUGCUAGUGUUAGAACACUAGUGUUAGAGUACAAGACCUACAUUACAAAAGACAUGGGCGUUGGCGGACAUGAAAUACUGCCCAUACAUCCGGUGAUGGACCCGAAUGUUAUGCCGUGGGGUUUGCCGAUGAGUGGACCGCUGACCGACCCAUUCUGGCCACAGGAUAGUGGCGUGACUUUUUUGAGUAUGGCUUUCGAUACCAAACAACAGAAACUGUAUAUCACUGAAAUGAAAAGUCAAAUCCUGAGGAAUGUGUAUAUCCGACAAAUGGACGGCCAGUUAGCGGGCACUUACACCAAAUUGGAAUUGAAUACUAAUGUGGAUUCACUGCUGUACAGAAACGGCCAAAUAAAAAACUCGUCACUUGUGGGUCCGUCCGCUUACCCCUCCGAUGGCGGUAAUAGUGGUCCACAAAAUCCUUCAGCGGUUACUAUUGGCGGUAAUACGAGUAAUACGACCAAAAAGCCUAAUAAACCCGCCUCGGAUCCAAGAAAACACCCCCGAAAUCGGCCGACAAGAAGGCUGACCGGCCGACCGCCGGGUCAGCAAAGACUGCACCGAAAUCAAAGGUCGAGCCCUCGGGUGGGGCUAAAGGAGAGGACGAUAAGAAAAGCGACGAAACCGUGCGAUCGGCUUAAUUCAACUCCACAGUCGAGCCCUUCUUCAUCUGCGCCGUCGGCUAUAAAUGUCUCGACAACACAGUCUGGUGUCAGUCCUACACAACAGCCGUCGGUUAUGAGUACCUCAACGGGAAAGCCUCGGACAACACUUUACCCAUUCAAUGGAGUUGGAUAUGAUUUAUGCAACACUGGGCUCACUGUAAGCGUGAAAAGGGCUUUCAUUAUCGGAGAUAUUUUAUAUUUCGGAGACGGAACUCCCAAUCACUUCACGAGAAUUUUAAAUGCUAUAGAUUUCGGUUCACACAAUCUGUGCACUCAAUCGCAGGCCAACUGUGCGAUUAUGGCCAACGCUUUUGACAAAACAUUAGUGAUCGGCGCCACUAGUGCUCAUGUGUUAGAGUACAAGACCUACAUUACAAAAGACAUGGGCGUUGGCGGACGUGAAUUACUGCCCAUACAUGCGGUGACUGACGCAAAACACAUGCCGUGGGGUUUGCCGAUGAGUGGACCGCUGACCGACCCAUUCUGGCCACAGGAUGGGCGCGUGAUUUUUGAUGGUAUGGCCUUCGAUACCAAACAACAGAAACUAGAUGUGUAUAUCCGACAAAUGGACGGCCAGUUAGCGGGCAAUUACAACACAUUGAAAUCGUAUGAAACGGUGGAUUCACUGCUGUACAGAAACGGCCAAAUGUAUGCAUUAUUCAGUGAUCGGAUAGGCUAUCGAUUUUAUUUACUCCAAUUCAAUAACUCAACGAAUAGAGUGUUUUAUGACAAACCGUGCCCAAUCCUUGAGUUUAUCAAUUGUAGAAAAAACUCAUCACUUGUGGGUCCGUCUGCUUACCCCUCCGAUAAUAGUGGUCCACAAAAUCCUUCGGCGAUUACUAUUAAUACAGUUGGAUCCGCUGAUACGAGUGGUACCACAACUUCGGCCACACAUCAAAAGUCGAGCCUCGGAUCCAAGAAAAUACCCCCGAAAUCGGCCGACAAGAAGGCUGAGCCGCCGACCGCCGGGUCAGCAAAGACUGCACCGAAAUCAAAGGUCGAGCCCUCGGGUGGGGCUAAAGGAGAGGACUCUAAGAAAAGCGACGAAACCGUGCGAUCGAAGAUGUUAUCUUUGUAUCCAUCGCUUGUAUUGAUUGGUUUGGUUGCUAUCAAUGGUGUAACUCUUCAGUCACCCUCACAGUCGAGUCCUUCUUCAGCAGCACCUUCUAGUGUCAGUACCACUCAAUCAGGUGUCAGCGUCUCUGCGGGACAAUCGACUUCAGUAGCGCCGUCGGGGGUCAGUACAACUGCUGUCACUUCAGGUGUGAGUCCUUCACCUCAAGCACCGGGCGUUAGUACGACUACUGGCCAAUCAGCUGCGAGUCCCACUUCUCAGUCAUCGGGUGUGAGCACAACCACUGGUGCAUCGGCUGGCAGUCCCUCAUCUCAGUCGGCAGUGAUGGCCAGCAUUGCUACUACAAUAUCGUCUGGCGGGCCGUCGAGUUCAAGCGAUUCAUCGGUUGACAAUGGCUAUGAGUUGUGCGCUCUGGCGUCCAAACUAUUUCUCUAUAAUGCAAAGCGAGCUUUCAUUAUAGGAGAGACACUGUUUUUUGGAGACGGAACCCAUUUUUAUAGGGCUAUUAUGGCUGGCAAUCAAUGGAAAUUGGUUUUAAAUUAUAAAUCUUUAAACCCCUAUUUAAUAGCCAAUCACUUCACGGAGAUUAUAAGUGCCGUGUCUUUCGGUUCCCAACAAGAGUGCACUCAAUCGCAGGCCAACUGUGCGAUUAUGACAAACGCUUUUGAUAAGACUUUAGUGAUCGGCAACACUAGUGCUAACGCUUUGGAGUACAAAACUUAUCACACAAAAGACAUCGGUGUUGGCGGACACGAAAUACUGCCCAUACAUCCGGUGAUGGACCCGAAUGUUAUGCCGUGGGGUUUGCCGAUGAGUGGACCGCUGACCGACCCAUUCUGGCCACAGGAUAAAGGCCUCAUUGUUAAGAGUAUGGCCUAUGAUAUCGCGAAACAAAGUCUUUAUAUCACUGUAUUUGAUGAACUCAGUGUUCAAAGUGGCAAUCAGUCAACUAAUAUGAAAGCGUAUAUCCGACAAAUCGAUGGCCAGUUAGCGGGUAAUUACAAACAAAUGGAUUCCACGACUAACUACACGGCAAUGGCGUACAGAAACGGCCAAAUAUUUGCUAUUCGUGAAAAGGUUCAGGGUCAUUGGUACUUCCUGGACUUUACCGAUCCCACCAAGACCAAUUUGACUCAUGUCAUGGAUUUUCUCAAUUGUCACAAAUCAUCGCCACUUUUGAAUAAAAUUUCUGCCACUACUCCACCCAUUUCUGCCACUAAUCCGACCCCUUCUGUAAGUAAUCCGAUCACUACUGCCCCCAACGCAAGCGUCAGCUCAUUACCGAUACAUCCGGGCGUCACAACUACGACAGCUGUGCCCAGUAGUACACCUCCGGGACAGUCUUCAGUUGCCAUUACGACCACAACUUUAGCGACAAAUACGAGCGUCAGUAUUGGGGACCAAAGUACUAGCGGUGAUAUCGGAACGGUUGGAUCAACUCAUACAAGUCGUACCACAACAAAGGCCACACCUAAAAAGUCCAAUAUGACUGCGUUUUGGACCAUUUUGAUUAUCGCCAUUAUGAUUGUGGUAACCGUUGUAAUCAUUUGUAUCGUCUAUUUCUGCCUCAAAUCCAAGAAAUCAGAGCCAAAACCGGUCGACAAUAAGCCCUUGUCGUCAACGGGGGAACCGAAAGCAGAGGCCGACCCCUCGGGUGGGGCUAAGGGUGGGGCCAAAGACGCCGACAAUAAGAAAAGCGGCGAAACCGUGCGAUCGGUUUAG